AUGCAGUUGGUAUUCUUUAGGAAAAACGACAAAAUUAAAAAAGGGAGAGAAUGUUAUAAUCUAUUAACUUUUGAGACCAAUUCUGGUUUGUUAUUGAAAAUGAAAAAAAUCUGUACCACGACAACGCAUGGAGGGUUUUGGAUUCAGUAUUUUGUAAGGAAGUACUGUUUCAAGAUCAACGCUUGUGCAGUGAGAUAA